AUUUUCAUUUUCCUUUUUUUUUAACCUGGUUUUUCCUGCUGAACGAGUUAGUGCCUUCUUCUCUUUUCUGAAACAUAACAUCACCGAACAAUCAUUCUCGGGACGAUUGUAGAAGGGGAUUUGUUCAUCUGAAAACACAUUCGCUAAUCUGGGAUUCUUCUCCUUUCAGGCUGGGGAUGCCUUGGCUCAGAAGAAAUUGGUAUUUCGCAUUACGGUGUACAUUAAGCUCCCCUCCUCAGACAGGCCCUCCUCUAGGAAGCCUAAAAAUCAGUGAGCACCCUUCACCCUUCACCCCCCACCCCACCCCCUCUUUCUGCCAAGGCUUAAUACGCAAAACGCCCCAUCUCAUAUCACUCUUAUUUUCACGCCAAAACUGCCUCUAAAUCUUACACAGCCAAACGAAUAAACUAUCAAAGUAUGAUAAGCUAAUGAAACUAAAACUGCAAUCCUUACUCCUCCUUUAUUAGACUGAGUUCGAAACGAAUGCACCAUUUAAACCUGUUCUCGAACCAACCUCGUGUCCACGGUCUCUUAUCUUCCCGCCCCCCUCGAGCGAGAGAGGGGUACCUCUGUAUAUCGCUCGUACGUGGGGGCGGAAAGAUGAGAGACCCUGGGAACGAGGUUGUUCUGAGACAGCCUCAUGCCUCAGGUGAUGAUAAGAGGGCCGAGUGAUCGACUUUAUAGAACACCUAAAUCCUCUUUCAUUUUGUUCACUUUGAAGCUACCAUUGCACUGUUUGCUGUGGCACUCCGUAUGACUUACUCAACGCUUGGAACAAGCUACAAUUCCACUUGAUCGUGAAAGAUCAUACUCGGCUUCCAUAUUUUUGUUUGCGUUACGUCACGCGUUGAAAUGUUGCGUGAACUACGUGGAUAAGCGUUAUCCCUACCAUGGUGCGAAGAGCCACAUGGGUAAUAACUGUGCCUGGUGAUAAGGAUAUUUUCCAAAGAGUGUCUUUCUCGAGACAGUGACGACGGUAUGGGUGAAACUUUAACGCGAGUGUCGAUAGGAUACAAGAGGUACAAGACAGUUUUACGGAUAAUUGGAGCAGUUAUUGGUAUUCUUGUUGGAAUCGCUGGGUGUGUAGCUUUUGCUGCGAUUUACCACAACCACAACGCAGCUAGUUGGGCUGGCGUGUCAGCAAUAUUUGCGAGUACUUUCCUGUAUUUGACUGUAGCUGUUUAUCGCGAUGUCAAUAGGCUCUUUUCAAAAAGAAAAUUUACCAUUUUCGAGAGUUUCGGUGUGGGUGGCAUGAUUUCUGGAAUAAUCGCCUUCAUAAUAAACAUUGCCUUUGGAAUAGCAAGACACGAAACAGGAGUUGUUAUUACAGGGAACUUCAUAGUUUGCGUGUGGAACUUCAUGACUUUCAAGUGGGGCUUGUUCACAUUCCUGGCUUCAAGAAAAUACAGAAAGAUCUACUUUGAAUUUGAUCCUGAAAGUGGAGGUCUGGUACAGAGUACAUGAAGAAGUUAGGACAUGCUGAAUUCAACUAUAAACCAUGGGAGUUGACCUGAACCAUGAUCAAGCUUGCUGGAAGUAAACAACUGUUUAACUCUUUACACUUUUUCAUCAGAAUACAUAUUCUUGAGAUUGUUCUCUGUGCAUUUCCUAAGGUGCUGACAAGGAGAAUUUGUUUAACAAUCAUGAACUGAUGAUGAAAAGGAACUAGUAUGUUUUAAGUAGAAAAGCAUUUCUAGGACUGCACCUCUUUUAUUUCUCUGUCCUUUGAAAACUUUACAAAUCACAAGUUUUUGUGACCAAAGUAUACCAUUUGGCAGUUGAAACAAAAGUGUUUAAUCAAGACUUGGUAUCAGAGUACAAAAAUUAUUUCAGACCUCAGCUAACCUGUACACAAAAAAGCUCUGAUACAUUAUUAAGAUGACAGAGAUCCAUUGAGCAUCAGUGACAGAGUACAUAGUUUCAGAAAAACUUCAUGAAUACUGGUGCUGGGGCCAAGUUGGGCCAGCCUUCGAAGGAGCUGUCAGCUCUCCAAGCUAGGACUAAUAGUUGAUAAAAAAUUUUGGUGAAUAGAAGCAGUGGUGGGGUAUGUUCAGCAGUCAUACUGUCAACUGCAUUGUUUCAUUAUUUAUUAUUUAUGGUACAGAGUUCAAGGGAGUUAAACUUUUGCUCACAAGGAUGCUCGGUUGUGCAAAAGUGUGAGAUGUCUAUUGAAGAUUUCUUACAGUAAUAAUUCUGUUUUGUCACUGAAAGAAGUACAGAACAUAAGAAGUACAAAGCAUGGGAUGUCUGUGAAAGAUUUUUCUUUUAGUAAUACCAGUAACUCAGUUUAGUCUCUUGAAGAAGUACAAAACAGGGAGUACCUCAAGGAUUUCGUUUAAUGAUAAUUCUGUUUUGUCAUUCAAAGGAGUACAAAACUAUCUAUUUUCACUCAGACCUGCUGAAAUCUGCGUUAAAAAACAUUUUCAAUAAAAAAAUGUGACUAUUUGAUACUG